UUGGUGUGGAUGACUACAGCUCAGAGUCUGAUGUGAUUAUUAUACCUUCAGCCCUGGACUUUGUCUCACAAGAUGAAAUGUUGACGCCUUUGGGAAGACUGGACAAGUACGCUGCAAGUGAGAACAUAUUUAACAGGCAAAUGGUGGCUCGAAGUUUGCUGGACACUUUGAAGGAAGUCAGUGAUGAUGAGAGAGAUUGUAUUGCUGUGUUGGAGAGAAUCAGCAGAUUAGCUGAUGAUUCAGAGCCAACAGUGCGGGCAGAACUGAUGGAACAGGUGCCUCAUAUUGCUAUGUUCUGUCAAGAAAACAGACCGUCAAUCCCAUAUGCUUUUUCCAAAUACCUACUGCCUAUUGUGGUACGAUACCUCGCAGAUCAGAAUAACCAGGUAAGAAAAACAAGCCAGGCAGCUUUGUUAGUUCUCUUGGAGCAAGAACUCAUAGAGAGAUAUGAUGUGGAGACCAAAGUAUGCCCUGUUCUGAUAGAUCUGACAGCUCCAGACAGCAAUGACGAUGUGAAGACGGAAGCCGUGGCUAUAAUGUGCAAAAUGGCCUCCAUGGUGGGAAAGGACAUCACGGAAAGACUUGUUCUUCCUCGGUUUUGUGAGAUGUGCUGUGACUGCAGGAUGUUUCAUGUUCGUAAGGUAUGUGCAGCCAAUUUUGGGGAUAUCUGCAGUGUGGUUGGGCAGCAAGCCACUGAAGAAAUGCUGCUGCCAAGGUUUUUCCAGCUCUGCUCUGAUAAUGUGUGGGGAGUUAGGAAAGCCUGCGCCGAGUGCUUCAUGGCAGUUUCUUGUGCAACGUCACAGGAAGUCCGGAGGACAAAACUGUCGACCCUUUUUAUUAAUUUGAUUAGUGAUCCUUCACGAUGGGUCCGUCAAGCUGCUUUUCAGUCUCUGGGGCCUUUCAUAUCAACUUUUGCUAAUCCAUCCAGCAGUGGCCAGUACUUUAAAGAAGAAGAUGGUAAAAACCCAGAAGACUGUGGUUCCGCACAGGAAAACAGCGAACAAGUCAGGACUGCAGAAGAUGUCACAAGAGAGGAUGAGCACAACAGGGCAGAGGAUCUGUCUUCACUAGUUGAUAAUGAUGAUUUUGCAACGAAACUUGAAAAUGCCAUGGAAGAUCAAAACACAGUGUCAAAUAACUCCCAGAGGGAAAGUGGUUUUCAGACUGAGUCAUCCUUCCAUUGCACUUUGUCUUCAGAAUCUUGUGGCAAAAUGGCUGAUGAGAACGAGCGGAGUUCUCGUUGCUGUACGGCAGGUCUGCGGGAGGCUGGGCUGAAUUCACAGGAAACCUCUCUUUCAGAGCAGGAAUUGUACAACUCUUUCCAUUUCUGGAGGACUCCCCUUCCUGAAAUAGAUAUUGACUUCGAGCUUCAGCAGAAUUCCGAGAUAAUACUUGAUAGAGAAAUUCAGGAACUCACCAUGCCAGUGUCUCCAAACAUUCCUAUGGCAACGAGGAAAGAAUUGGAAGAAAUGAUAGAAAAUUUGGAGCCCCAUAUAGACGAUCCGGAUGUUAAAGCACAAGUGGAUGUGCUGUCUGCUGCCCUCAGAGCAUCCAGUUUGGAUCCUCAAGAAGAGACCAACGUCUGCAAGGGAACAGACUCACAGACUGAACUAACCAUCAACGACCAACAGAAUUUUAAACCUAUACUGGGUGAUAUUGUGCCUUUAAUUGGGGACACUGUUGAGGAUAUGGAUUCUACACUUCACUAUAUUCAUGAUUCAGAUUUGAGUACCAACAGUAGUUUCAGCCCGGAAGAAGAAAGAAAAUCCAAAGUACAGGACGUUGUACCUCAAGCCUUGCUGGAUCAGUAUUUAUCGAUGACUGAUCCGUCUCGCGCACAAACGGUUGACACCGAGAUUGCCAAGCACUGCGCCUACAGCCUGCCAGGCGUGGCACUUACGUUAGGCAGGCAGAACUGGCACUGUCUGAAAGACACCUACGAGACGCUGGCAUCUGACAUGCAGUGGAAGGUGCGUCGGACACUAGCGUUUUCUAUACACGAACUUGCUGUCAUCCUUGGAGACCAGCUUACGGCUGGAGAUUUAGUUCCUGUCUUCAACGGCUUUCUAAAAGACCUAGAUGAAGUCAGGAUAGGUGUGCUGAAGCACUUGCAUGACUUCCUGAAGCUGCUUCAUCCUGACAAAAGACGAGAGUAUCUUUAUCAGCUUCAGGAAUUCCUAGUGACUGAUAACAGCAGGAACUGGCGUUUCCGUGCUGAGCUGGCCGAGCAACUGAUCUUGCUUCUAGAUCUGUACAGCGCCAGGGACAUUUAUGACUACUUGCGACCUAUCGCUUUCAGCCUCUGUGCAGACAAAGUGUCUUCAGUCCGUUGGAUUUCUUACAAGCUGGUUAGUGAAAUGGUAAAAAAGCUGUACGUGGCUUCAACAUCAACCUUCGUUGUAGACCUCAUGAAUGAACUUGUUGAAAAGUUCUGUAGAUGCCGCAAAUGGUCCGGUCGGCAAACUUUUGUCUUCAUUUGCCAGACUAUCAGUGAAGAUGACUGCCUGCCCAUGGACCAGUUUGCUGUGCAUCUGUUGCCACACUUACUACACUUGGCAUCGGACAGGGUUCCAAAUGUUCGUGUCCUGCUUGCGAAAACGUUGAAGCAAACCCUUCUAGAGAAAGAGUACUUCCUGAAUUCCGCCAACUCCCAUCAGGAAGCUGUGGAACAAACGAUCAUGGCGCUUCAAAUGGAUGAUGACAGCGAUGUCAAAUAUUUUGCAAGCAUCCACCCUGCCAGUACCAAAAUUGCCGAUGAUGCCAUGAGCACGGCUUCGUCAACUUAUUAACAAGUUCUGAAUGUUGCUAUAAUUAAAA